UAAUAUAUUUUUUAUUUUAUAAGAGUAGUUUCAUUUAAAAAUAUACAGACUUAUAAAGAUCGCUUACAGAACACAUCUACAAUUUGUAGGCAUAUAGUUUGUAAGUUUACGAAAGGCUUCUAGUAGAUUCCGAAUAAAAUGGCAGAAGGAAAAUUACCAAAGCCUCAACUUCGUGACCUUCAUCUUUCAAGAGUUAGAAGGACUUUGGGAAUAGCGGCAUUACUUUGUACUUUUACUGGCAUGAGUUGGAAGAUUUUAGUUACUGAUAGAUUUGAACGAAAAGCUGAAGAAUUUUAUAAAACUUAUGAUCCAAUGAAAUCAUUACAAAUAAUGAAUGAAGCCGGACUUAUGGAAUCUUAUAAUUAAAUAAUUAUUUUAGAUAAAUAUUAUAUAUAUGAAUAAAAUAAUAGUGGUAUUAUAAAAA